AUAUUCGUGCAGUGAUGGGAUUAGACCGUUAGAGACCCGAGCUACCUACCCGCUGGGUGUCUUCGGAGUCUUGUGUAAGUGAUGGCAAGUGUGGCUGCAGCGACUGUCAGGGCCGCUAAGGGCAGGCGCCUCAUCCCUACCAGAGCUGCCCUUGUCCUAACCCAGAAUGCUGUUGUGAAAGUAAAGGAACUUCUUGCCAGGAAUCCUGAAGCUAUUGGCCUGAAGGUUGGUGUGCGUCAGCGGGGAUGCAAUGGGCUGAGUUACACUCUUAAUUAUGCAACAGAGAAGGGAAAGUUUGAUGAGGAGGUGGUACAGGAUGGGGUGAAAGUCAUUAUUGAUAAGAAGGCACAGCUAACCCUCCUGGGCACCGAGAUGGACUAUGUCACUGACAAACUUUCCUCUGAGUUUGUGUUCAACAACCCAAACAUCAAGGGGACGUGUGGCUGUGGUGAGAGCUUCUCUAUAUAGCAACUAAGUUAGUUGACAUUAAAUUUUGUGGAAGAAUUGUAGGAUUAGUAUGUGAUAUGAAGUUUCAAAGCAUUAUUUAUUUUCACUAUAUAACUUCAUCACUGAAAUGGAGGUAGUGUUUGUCCAGUAUCAAGGGUUGUGUCUACCUAACAUGGCAUUUGUACUGUUCUAAGGUACAUGAAUGGUUUUGCUGACCCCUUUCCCUGUUGUGUGCUAUUCAGGUUACAUACUCAGUUAUUAUCUAACAGUUACCAUGUUGGUGUACUCAUAGUUUCCACCAACUCAUAGUUCACAGUACUGUAUAGGAUUUACACUGCAAAACAAGAUUAAGGAAUGGUGACCAUGUUGACAGAUUUGGAGUUGGGAUGAUGUAGAACCUGCCAUCUGUCUGAACUGCUACUUAGCUGGUCUUUUGUGUACAUCUCUGUGAUCAGUGGGACCUCCAUGUUAAAAUAAAAGUCCAGCAUUUCCUCAAAAA